AUGCCUUAUAUGAGAGCUUUAGUAAAUGAUAUUACUAUCACAUGGUCUUGUGAAUUGAGAUGUUUUCGGCUUGUAUCUAGCUAUGAAGUAAGUGGUGAUGCAUUGAUGAACGUGACCAACAAAGCUGUCAUGCUGGCGGAAAUUGUCAUAUGCCAUUGUUCUCUCUUAGAGGAUACACUUGUAUCUGUUGGUAAUUCUUGCCCUCAGUUAAAAUCGUUGCGGCUAAACCGAGGCCACAGGCGGCCACACGGAGAGUGUGAUGAUGAGGCACUAGCCAUUGCAUGGAACAUGCCUGAACUGCGUCAACUUCAGCUUUUUGGGAAUAGAUUGACCAAUGAGGGCUUGGAGUCCAUUCUCGAUGGCUGCAUGCACCUUGGAUCUCUUGACCUCCGUCAGUGCUUCUACGUUAAUCUAGAAGAGGAUAUACUGAUGAGUUGUAGAGAUAGGCUCAUAAAAUUAAGACUCCCGAAUGACUCCACUGAUGACUAUGAAUUUUAUGAUGCAAUCGAAGUUGGAUCUAGUCAAUUCUCUGAUUUCAACUAUGACAAUGAUUGCAUUCUGAGCAGUCAAAUUCCGGUACCAGCUUCAUCAAAAAAUGGGUUGAAUUGCCUCAUGAUGUUCUAUCCCAUGGGGGCAAUUGAUAUCUUGCUUGGUGCUCAAUCAGUAUGUUUUGUGUGGCGAAAAGUUUCCAAAGAGCCUCAUCUGUUCCAUUCUAUAGACAUGUGGAAUUGGUCGGAUUUGUUCGAUGAAAACGUGUACGAUAUGGAAAAGAUGGCAAGAGAAGCUGUGGAUAGGAGCUGCGGCCGGUUGGUUGAGCUCACUAUGGUUGGUUCGGGUAGCGAUGAGCUUUUAGCGUACAUUGCCGAUAAGUAA